CUGCUGCUGUCCAGGGCAGGCUCUGACGGGCCGCCUCGGUGGCGCCGCUCGGUCCAGGAUGGCUGCGGUGGUUGUAAACAAGCCGGGAGCGGGGCUAGACGGUGGCCGGCAGGGCAGCCGGGGGACGGCGGUGGUGAAGGUUCUUGAGUGUGGAGUCUGUGAAGAUGUCUUCUCUCUGCAAGGAGACAAAGUCCCCCGUCUUCUUCUCUGCGGCCACACAGUCUGUCAUGACUGUCUCACUCGCCUGCCUCUUCAUGGAAGAGCAGUACGUUGCCCAUUUGAUCGUCAAGUGACAGACCUAGGAGAUUCCGGUGUCUGGGGAUUGAAAAAAAAUUUUGCUUUGCUGGAGCUUUUGGAACGAUUGCAAAAUGGACACAUUGGUCAGUAUGGGAAUGCAGAGGAAGCCUCUGGGACAUCUGGAGAGAGCCUCAUUCGUUGUGAUGAAGAUGAAGCUCAUGUCGCAUCGGUAUAUUGCACUGUGUGUGCAACUCACUUGUGCUCAGAGUGUUCGCAAGUCACUCAUUCCACAAAGACUCUAGCGAAGCACAGGCGAGUGCCCCUAGCUGAUAAACCUCAUGAGAAAACCAUGUGUUCUCAGCACCAGGUGCAUGCUAUUGAGUUUGUGUGCUUGGAAGAAGGUUGUCAAACUAGCCCACUCAUGUGCUGUGUCUGCAAAGAAUAUGGAAAACACCAAGGUCACAAGCAUUCAGUAUUGGAACCAGAAGCUAACCAGAUCCGAGCAUCAAUUUUAGAUAUGGCUCACUGUAUACGGACAUUCACUGAGGAAAUCUCAGAUUACUCCAGAAAAUUAAUUGGAAUUGUUCAGCACAUAGAAGGAGGAGAACAAAUAGUGGAAGAUGGAAUUGGAAUGGCUCACACAGAACAUGUACCAGGUACUGCGGAAAAUGCUCGAUCCUGUGUGCGAGCUUAUUUUUCUGACCUACAUGAAACGCUUUGUCGUCAAGAAGAAAUGGCUCUCAGUGUUGUUGAUGCUCAUGUCCGUGAAAAGCUGAUUUGGCUCAAGCAACAGCAAGAAGACAUGACUAUUCUGUUGUCCCAGGUUUCAACAGCCUGUCUGCACUGUGAAAAGACUUUGCAGCAGGAUGAUUGCAGAGUUGUCUUGGCAAAACAGGAGAUCACAAGGUUGUUAGAAACCUUGCAGAAGCAGCAGCAGCAGUUUACAGAGGUUGCGGAUCAUAUUCAGUUGGAUGCCAGCAUUCCUGUCACUUUUACAAAGGACAAUAGAGUUCAUAUUGGACCCAAAAUGGAAAUCCGAGUUGUUACAUUAGGAUUAGAUGGUGCUGGAAAAACUACUAUUUUGUUUAAAUUAAAACAAGAUGAGUUCAUGCAGCCUAUUCCAACAAUUGGUUUUAAUGUGGAGACCGUAGAAUAUAAGAAUCUAAAGUUCACUAUUUGGGAUGUAGGUGGAAAGCAUAAAUUAAGACCAUUAUGGAAACAUUAUUACCUCAAUACACAAGCUGUUGUGUUUGUUGUUGAUAGCAGUCAUAGAGACAGAAUUAGUGAAGCACACAGUGAACUUGCAAAGUUGUUAACGGAAAAAGAACUCCGCGAUGCUUUGCUGCUGAUUUUUGCUAAUAAACAGGAUGUUGCUGGAGCAUUGUCAGUAGAAGAAAUCACAGAACUCCUGAGUCUCCAUAAACUCUGCUGUGGCCGAAGUUGGUACAUCCAGGGCUGUGAUGCUCGAAGUGGUAUGGGGCUCUAUGAAGGACUGGACUGGCUCUCCCGGCAACUUGUAGCUGCUGGAGUAUUGGAUGUUGCUUAACUUUAAUGCAGCAUUUGUGUCAACCUGGUAGUUAAAAGUCACUUUGCACAUAAUACAUUUUAAGAAAUUCUAUAUCAAAUAUGAUAGUUAAUUUAGGAUGUAUAUAUAAGAAUCUUGGGAUGGAAACUUAAAUAUGUCAUUGCUUUUAAAAAUUAUUCCCUGUUAAGAUUUAAUGAGCACAUUAGGUUGGUCUAAAUAAAGGUGUCUUUGAUAUGAAUUUUCUCAAGAAAUACAUUAGGUAUUAAAGGUUUUCAGAUCACAUAGGACCCUACAUCGGGAAGACAUUGUCACUGAAGAAAAGUGUACAUGAAGGUUACUUCUUCUGGUGAAAAAGUAGCCAGUGGAGCCCCUGUGAAAGGAGGGAAGUAGAGCUUCUUUCACCUGCCUUCUCACUAAAUUUUGGCAUUGCUAGGCAGUCGACAUGGCACUUGUAUAAUAGAAUCUAAGAUGCUUUGGGUAAUAGGAUUAUUUUACUUUCAUGUUCUAUAUAACAAUACUUUUAAUGCUGAGAACUAUACUAGAGAAAAUUAAUAUUUUAUACAGUUUUAUUAAAAUUUUCUCCUCAAGCAUUUUCCAUAAAACACAUGGAAAAUGAAAUAUAACUAAGCCUGAUCAUCAGAUUAAUGUUAAACCGAAGAAUAAAAAAGCUGUGAAAGCUAUUUUAGCUUUACUUAUGAAAGAACCACAGGACUGGACCAUGGUUGAUCUCCUUGGUCAGAGCCCUAUGUUGGUCCUUCUGUUUUUCAACACACUUAUAUUUCUUUCUAAUAAUAGAUCUUUUGUGAAGAAGACUGUUUGUGAAAUGUACAGUCACAUGAAGAAUGAGGUCAGUUCUCCAUAAACACUUAAGAGACCUGAAUAGAAAAUACCUUUACUUUAGGAAAAGUUACUCAAACAAUGGGGGAAUGCCAGUUUAUUAUUCAAAAACAUUUCUCAUGAUUAGUGCUUGACCAUAAAACAUGAUGAUCAAGACACUUUAUGGCAAGUCUUCAGUAAAUAGGAAGAAUAUAUCUAAAGAAAAAGAAAUAUUCAAAAAGUUUACAUGUAUUGUGCAGUAUUAUGAGUAAAGGUUAUAAAAUUUCUUUACUGUUUCUUGUUUAUAAAGGAUACUCUUAGUGUAGAAACACCAUUUAUUAUAUUUAAAUAGCUAGGUUUUCUGUUUGCUUUCAAUGCUCUACUUUAGAAUGAAGCUGAGACUUAAAUCUUAUUAGUUCUAUUGGUACACAGACAAUGAUGUCUGGUGACAAGAUGUGAUUAAUUUGUAAAUGGCACUGUCUGGUUCAAGCUUUUCAAAUGUUCUUUUGUUUUUUUAAAUAACAAAACUUUUAGAAAGUCCCAUCUGUGUAAUGGGCAAUAUGUAAAUAAAUAAAUAAAAUAUUUCAUCUUUUUCAAAUUGAAGGUCAUGCUGUUACAAGUAGUUUGAGUCCAUAAGUAAUACUUUGGAAUUAAAUUAUUUAAUAUUUGAUUUCAGUAACUGUGAAAAAUAAAGGUAUUGCAUUUGCUUGUGA